AUGUCCUCUGAGAUCCCCUUCAUCACUCGCAAUCUAACAGCCUGCUUCAUCAGAUCUCGAGUCCGUCCCCAAAGCGACACCACUCCGUCCAAGCGAGCUGCACGGGUCAAGGCCACUGCCGGGCUGUCCCAGAUUUCGCUCAGGGGUGGGAAAGCAGACGCGAGUGGUCCACGCCCCGACGCAACCCCCGUGGGUAGCGUCCCGCCCUUGUCCCCCGAAUCCCAGCGUCUCCAAGAUGUGCAACACGAAAAGAUGUUCUACAACAAGCUUGUAGACCACGGAAUACCGCCUUGGUACCCCGUCGAUUGGAUCGACGACGUGUCCAGCAAUCCUAGGCGGCAUCGUGAACUCCUGCGCUACUGGCAAGAAGGCGUCUCCGACACCACAGAGGUUAUCUGGCAGGUGUACGAAUGCCAGUGGGUGAGGUGGAAAGAGUUCGUCGUGUUCCAGACCGAAAAGAGGAGGGAGUUUCCAUUCAGGAUCUCCGAUUAUACCUUGUGGGCCAAAGAAAUCCUGGCAAACCGAAAAUUCGAGCUGUCGUUUGCAUUCGACAGGGUUCCGAAGCGACAAGACAGGCUGACCACAUGGACUGAAUACCUGGUCUUCGAAUAUUGGUGUUGCCGCGAAUGGUUAUGGUAUCAGGACCACGACCGCCAGAAGCAGUUUGAAAAGGCCUGGCACCGUCUGGAGUGCUCCAAAGUGCUGGGACCUGAUGAGUUUGUCGACCUCAUAUCGAGUAAAGCUUACGGGCAGCAACUCGGAGCUGAAAUCAAACAGGGCCGGGAGGCCGAAGAAUCAGCCAGAUCGGCCGCUUCGUUUGCAGAGGAAGCCGUCUCUGAUUCAUCACGAACUGCAUGCUCUGCUUGUGGACACCGAAAGGCGUGCCGAGCCUCCUUAUUAAACGUGGCGGAGCAGGCUUACAAGGCGACAUGGACCAGGAAUUAUAUCAUUCGAAUUGUCCGACACGACACACGCUAUUAUUGGCAGGCCAAGCGUGGUGCAGAACGUCAUUCCUUUCUGCUGAAAUGGAUCCGAGGUCAAUUCCCCCUCAUUCAGCAAGAGAUGAAGCAAUCCCGGGCAGCCACGGGCAGCCUUGGCGUCGGAGACGAGGCAAAUCCCACUCCCACGAGUCACGGCAGCGCCACUAACGCCAGCGAAGCGGCCUCAAAGCGCCCCCGUGACGAGAAGACACCAGAGGAGAGACGAUCUUCAAAGCGCCAAAGGCGAGACUCGCAUAGCGCCAAGGCCAAGGUCGAGGCGGUCCUCGGUGACUACGCCACGGCUGCGGCACAAGACGCCGGUACUGCCGCCGAGAUUAGCAAGGAUGGCGACAGAGACCAGACUCGUAUCGAGAAGCUCGAUAAGCGGGGACAAAGAGACAAGGCGAAUCGAGGCAGUGCUAUAAACACAAGCAUUACACGUAUUGUCGCGCGCUUGGCCGCUAUCAACAUCACCGACUAG